UGCAUUCCUCAGCUUCACUCCUCCUCCUUCCUCCUGGGUGAAGUUUGUGUCUAAAGGUGUUUCAGUCACUUUAAUUCAGCCAUCCGACCAACCUGAGCUCAGAACCUGAGUGAACCAACGAGAAGUUUGAACAAAAAGAUCACAGUCACAGAUGGAGUUGAAGGUCUGGGUGGACGGGGUCAUCAGGGUGGUCUGUGGUCUCUCGCUGAACACUCCCUGUCAUGACGUCGUCAUCUCGCUUGCACAGGCCAUCGGCCAGACGGGUCGAUAUGUUCUGAUCAGGAAGUUCCGAGGGUUGGAGCGCCCCCUGGGUGCCCAUGACUGCCCCAUGAAGCUGCUGGCUCAGAUGGGUCAGCUGGCUGCAGAGGUCCACUUCAUCCUGAGGAGGACCGGUCCCAGCCACAGCGAAGGUCCACAUAAAUCCUCCAAAGACAGUCUUCCUCCGCUGGUGGAGCCCUCAGAACCAGAACUAAUGAAGUAUAACGGUCCUCAGAAAGCUCUCUCCUUCAAUCUGGGUCCCUCGACUCUUCCCAGGAGGAACAAACCCAGCAGGAACUGGUCUCCAACUCUGGGGGAAUCAGCAGAAGAGCGGCCAUCUCGUGGUUCAUUCAAAGAUCAUUCUGCAAAGAAAAAUCCCUCUGAUCCUCAGAAAGAGGAGAUGUUCAGACAAAUCCUGCAGCAGCAGAAUUUGCUGCAUGACCUGGAGGCUCAGAUUGAAGCUCUGGAGAAGGAAACAGGACUUUUGGACCAGAGGGUCACAUCCUCUUCACUUCCAGAUCCAAUACCAGACCUAACGGAGGACCUGCAGGAGCUGGAAUUUCAACUGAAGCAGUACGAGGUGGAGCUGAUUUAUGGAGAAAACUGGGAGAAGGAGCUGAAGGUGGAAAUGGAACGAGAACAAGAGAUGCAGAGACGUCUCGAACAGAUCCACUCAUCCAUAGAUGACCAGAGUUACGAGAUCAAGGUGCUCCAGACCCGCUAUGAGCAUCUGGAGCAGGACUUAGAUCACGGAAUCCAGGCGCACAGUUCAAAUGAGGAGGUCCAGCAGACCGAUGAGGCCCUGAGGUCACUGACAGAGGAGCUCCACAACCGGCUGCAGCUUGGAGAAGAUCUGGACGCAGCGUUAGCAGAGACGCAGUGGGAGCUGCAGACUGCAGAAGAAAGGGUAAAGGACAGAAUGGAGAUGAUCGAUGGGCUGAACAAGGAGCUGAGGCAGUGUGACCUGCAGCAGUUCAUCAAGCAGGCCGGGGUAAACCCGUACUCUGAUCAGGGGAACUCUGUGUCCGUUAAUGAAGUCUACCUCAGCAAAGCUCGAAUCAGGAAAUAGGAGAAGCCAGAGAAUUAGCAGGAAACAGAUGAA